GGAGGCGGGGCGGAGGCAGCGCCGGCGGCGGGCACCGCGCCGCCGGGGCACUGGGGCGGCGAGCGCGGCCGGGGGAAGCCGGGCCCGGGCGCGCGGAGGGACGGCGGCCGCCGGCGGGCGGAGACGCGGCGGCGGCUGCCCGGCGGCGCCGGCAGAGGAGGGAGGCGGCGGCGCCGCCGCCGCGUUGAGAUACGGAGGAUACAUACAGGCAUGAAUUCAAGAAAUUCUGCGUGGAUCACCCACGCGGCGUCUGCGGGCACGCACGGCAGUCGUCAGCCCUGUGACGGGGUGCUGGGGCCUGUAGCGAGGGCAGUGCUGCAGAGUACGUACGAACGAGUACUGCAGUGCUGAGCCCCAGGGAAGCCAGACUGAGGAAAACCUUGUUGCCGUAACUGUACUGAGCUGUUCUAACAUGCAAGAAGAGCAUGUAUGAAGAGUUGUGUGGCAGAGUAUUUAAGGUACAUGGGCAGUUAUGUCAAGUACCUCAGAAGAAGGUGUGACCAGCCGUAAGAAUCAGCCAAACUUGAGUAUGGACACCUAGAAUUACCAGAAAAAUCAGACAAGGAACUAAUUGGAAGAAUAUUGCUAGACAUAGAAGAAGUGGAACACGUUCUUCUGCAACAAUCAUUGACUCAGAAUAAAUAGAUGAAUAAAACAUCAGCAGUAAAAUGACAGAUCCUGGUGCUUUUUGAUUCUCUGGUGGAUUUUAUUACUUGGACAUUGCUAUUGACAUUUUUAUUAUUCUGUUUAAUACAUCUUGAAUCCAUACAUAAAAAUAUAACUGGACAGUUGCAUUUUGGUACUGUUUAACACUUUUGAAUGUUAAAUCACUUGCCAAGAUGAGUGCUGAAGGAUAUCAAUACAGAGCUUUAUAUGACUACAAAAAAGAGCGAGAAGAAGACAUUGACUUGCACUUAGGAGAUAUAUUAACUGUGAAUAAAGGUACCUUACUAGCACUUGGAUUCAGUGAAGGGGAAGAAGCAAAGCCUGAGGAAAUCGGUUGGUUAAACGGCUUUAAUGAAACCACAGGGGAGAGGGGGGAUUUUCCGGGAACUUAUGUAGAGUACAUUGGAAGAAAAAAAAUAUCUCCCCCAACUCCAAAGCCUCGUCCUCCUCGACCUCUCCCUGUUGCACCGAGUCCUGCGAAAGUUGAAGCAGAGAGUGAGCAACAAGCUUUUUCACUUCCAGAUCUUACGGAGCAGUUUUCACCUCCUGAUGUUGCUCCUCCAAUCCUUAUCAAGAUAGUGGAGACAAUUGAAAAGAAAGGUCUGGAGUGUUCGACUUUGUAUGGAACACAAGGCUCAAGCAACUCAGCAGAAUUAAGACAAAUUCUUGAAUGUGAUGCCUCUUUGUUGGAUUUAGAGACAUUUGAUGUGCACACUUUAUCAGACGCUCUCAAGAGGUAUCUCCUGGACCUGCCAAAUCCCAUCAUUCCAGCAGCUGUUUACAGUGACAUGAUUUCUGCAGCUCAAGAAGUGCAGAGCUCAGAGGAAUAUGCUCAGUUGCUGAAGAAACUCAUCAGAUCUCCAAAUAUACCUCCACAGUAUUGGCUCACACUCCAAUAUUUGCUCAAACAUUUCCUCAGACUUUGUCAAGCCUCCAGCAAAAAUCUCUUGAAUGCAAGGUCUCUAGCUGAAAUUUUCAGCCCUCUGCUUUUCAAAUUCCAGAUAGCCAGCUCUGAUAAUACUGAACACCACAUAAAAAUCUUAGAGGUUUUAAUCACCAGUGAAUGGAAUGAGAGACAGCCUGUACCAGCACUGCCUCCCAAGCCACCAAAACCUAAUACUGUAACUAACAACGGUAUGAAUAACAACAUGUCAUUACAAGAUGCUGAAUGGUACUGGGGAGAUAUCUCAAGAGAAGAAGUAAAUGAGAAGCUUCGAGACACUGCUGAUGGUACCUUUCUGGUACGAGAUGCUUCAACCAAAAUGCAUGGGGACUACACCCUUACACUAAGGAAAGGAGGAAAUAACAAAUUAAUCAAAAUAUUUCACCGAGAUGGGAAAUACGGCUUUUCUGACCCAUUAACUUUCAACUCUGUGGUCGAGCUAAUUAACCACUACCGGAAUGAAUCCCUAGCCCAGUAUAAUCCUAAACUGGACGUAAAAUUACUGUAUCCAGUAUCUAAGUACCAGCAGGAUCAAGUAGUAAAAGAGGAUAGUAUUGAAGCAGUGGGAAAGAAAUUACAUGAAUAUAAUACCCAGUUCCAAGAAAAAAGCCGAGAAUAUGACAGACUCUAUGAAGACUAUACAAGAACAUCUCAGGAAAUUCAAAUGAAAAGAACAGCUAUUGAAGCAUUUAAUGAAACAAUAAAAAUAUUCGAAGAGCAGUGCCAGACACAAGAAAGAUACAGUAAGGAAUACAUUGAAAAAUUUAAACGUGAAGGAAAUGAGAAGGAAAUACAAAGAAUUAUGCACAACUAUGAAAAAUUGAAGUCUCGAAUAAGUGAAAUUGUGGACAGCCGACGCAGAUUAGAAGAGGAUUUAAAGAAGCAAGCAGCUGAAUAUAGAGAGAUAGACAAGCGUAUGAACAGCAUUAAGCCAGACCUCAUACAGCUGAGGAAGACAAGAGACCAGUAUUUGAUGUGGCUGACUCAAAAAGGUGUUCGGCAGAAGAAGCUAAAUGAAUGGCUGGGCAAUGAAAAUACAGAAGACCAAUACUCUAUGGUAGAAGAUGAUGAGGACUUGCCCCAUCAUGAUGAGAGAACAUGGAAUGUGGGAAAUAUCAAUAGAAGCCAAGCUGAAAAUCUGCUGCGGGGAAAGCGAGAUGGAACAUUCCUUGUCCGAGAGAGCAGCAAACAAGGCUGCUAUGCUUGCUCUGUUGUGGUGGAUGGAGAAGUAAAGCACUGUGUGAUAAACAAAACACCUACUGGGUAUGGAUUUGCAGAGCCAUAUAACUUGUACAACUCGCUCAAAGAACUGGUGCUACAUUAUCAACACACAUCACUUGUGCAGCACAAUGACUCUCUCAAUGUCACACUAGCCUACCCAGUAUAUGCACAGCAGAGGCGAUGAAGAUCUUAACACUCUGGGCUGUUUGGUUUUUUUUCUAAAGAAAAGAUUUGACAACAUCGAGGCCUCUGGAGAGAGAAGGCUCCUUUCAGCCUUACUCAAGAAUUUGAGCUGCAGUAUCAAAGCUAUCUGUCUUCAGAUGGGACUAGAGCUUUUCUUCACAACUGCAGUGGGAGAGAUCACAGUAUUAAGCUGUGAACGUAUGUUUCUAAUCUGAAGUGCUUUUUUUUUAAUUAAGAAAAGAAAAACACCAGAGAGAGAAAUCCUAACCUGAUCUCCCUGCAGGGACAUAGAGGCCUUUAACCAUGGUGCUUGUUUACGACCACUUCUGAAGCUUUACCAGCUAGAACGUUGGAUUCUGCAGACCCCAGGUGUAAGAGGUCUUUGUGAUCCGGUUAUCGGAAUUUCUUGGUCAUGACCUGGUUUGGAAAUGGUGUUGCUGCACUCAGUGGAUCCAGACACACAGCAUUGUGGAUUUUUUGGAUUCCGGUGAAAGAUAUGUAGCAGAAUGGCACUUUCAUUUAUAAGGGACACUUUAAAAGGACUUCAGUUACAGUAUGUUGUUCAGAGGAAUUGUAAUAGCAAAGUGCCAGGAAGUGUUUUGUUUAGACAUUUAAAAAUCCUGUUUUAAGAAUAUAUUUAAGACUGAAGAAAACAGGACUUUCAAUGGCAUACAGUAUAUAAUAAUGUAAAUAGUAUUGGAUGACUAACUAUCAUUGAUGGAAACUAUCAAUACCAAACUGCUUCUCUUUUCCCUUUUCUGUUUGCUGAAAGCUGAAUCCUUAGACCAUGCUAUGCAAUACUGAAUUUUCUGUAGGCUUUAGUCUUGUCUCACGCGUAUCUACAGGUUAAGCUUGUUUUUCUUUCUUCUUUCCUUGCCUUCUUUUUCUUUCUUUCUUUCUUUUGCCUGAGAAUAUUUUUCCUGAUGAUAAUUUUUUGUUAUUGAUUUUGUUGGUUGUUUGUUUUUUUAAAAAGAAAUGUACAGGAAGCCAGCAAGAGUUGGCUUCAGAAUUAAAACUAUGAAAUAUUUUACAGUUUUCUUUGUAUAGAAUAUUGAGCUACUAGCUCAAAGUUUAAAAAGUUCAUAAUUUUUUUUGACUAAAUAUUUUGUUGGGCAGUGCCUGAUAAGCUUCAAAGCUGCUUUAUUCAAUAAAAGUAUAUGAACAUUACAAAUUAUCAUUGAGUCCAACAAUAUUGUUUCAGAGAUAUCUUUAGAAUAUGGUACCGUGCUAUGUUUGCUUCAUGAAGCAUUUUGAACUUCUGUCUUGAUUGUCUUUGUAUUUGGAAGAAGAAAAGUUGUAUAUCCUUUUCUGAUAGUGACUGCAGAAAAAAACAAAGGAAAAUUUGGCUAUGAGGAGAGAUAGUUUGAAUUUCAGAAUGAAUCCACUCUUCAUAGUAAAUAAAUGACAUCUUGACCUACUGUGGCAGAAUUUUUGUUAGCAUGUCAAGUUAUUUUCAUUUCAUAUGAAGGAAGUUUCUCUAAAGUGUUGCCUAGGAUUGUUUUUUGUAUUAGUGUCGUGAAAAAAGCUCUCACCUUUGCUCAGAACAAUUGGAUACAACAUAGAGCUAAUUAAGAUUGGAAAACCUUUGUUUGAAAAAUAUCAUCAGGCUGUCAUAAUUAACAUUUUGGAUUUAUUUUCAUAAGCUUAUGGACUGAGGCAAUAUCAAAGUGAACACUUUUACAAUUCAGCACCAAAGACUUACAGAAUUGUGGCUCCGUUAAAGGAAACAAAUAUAUGAAUCCCACUAACACAAACUUAUUAGGAAUUCUGGGGCUGUUCACUGUGGGUGGCUUGAAAUGAUUAUUAAUUUCCCUAACCACACUGGGUAAAUUUGCACAUUGAAAGCUGAUAAAGUAAUGGUGUUCAGAGAAAUCUUGGAAAAGUUUUGACUAAGUGAAGAUAAGAGUAUAUUCUUCCCUUGAGAUGCAAGGGGAAAACCCAUUACUAUUAAAGGCAGUUGCAUACGCAAUCAAAAGAGUAAGACCCAUGGAGUUCUCUCAUAAUAGCUCUGUUCUAGAAAUAUAUGUGUUAAGACAAAGUAUGCAGUACUUAUUAAGCUAUUGGAAAUAAUAGGAAAUUUGCCAGUCACCAGUAGUUUUUUUAUUAUCUCUUAAUUUUUACAUUAUCCCUUCAUUUCUGAUGCUGUAAGGCUUUUGUUUUUAUUUGGAUUUUGUGCUUUUUUUGGUGGGUUGUUCUUGCUUUCCUGUAGAUGUAUUUUCUUACUGAAACUUAUAUCAGGAAACAAGGUUCAAUCAACAUUAAUAUAUCAAGGUAGUCAUCACUUAAAAAAUUAUUCUGAAUGUUUUUUUCUGGAUAGAAUUUUAGUCUUCAUCUCUUCCCUUCCUCAUUCUUCCCCAGUCAGGUCUCUCAGAUGGGACCAUGUGAAUUUGAUUUUCUAGUAACUGUCCUUUACUAUUAAAAGCAUCAACAGUUAUGCUAGCAUAACAGUCAUACUAUUGGGCUUUAAGUUACAAAUUAGUUCAAUAUACAACAAUUUAACACUUGUAGCAGUCCAAAAUACUCUUCCUACAUAUAUUAAUUUUUGAAAUUUUGAGUGUAAAAUUCUACUUUUUUUCUCUAUAAGAAAAUUGUAUGUAACCAGAAUUGAUGUUUCACUUAAUAUUUCUCAAGAAAUUUUAUAGUAGUUUUGGAUCUAAUUUGGAUCUAAUUUUCCUCAUAGUAAGAAAAUCUCUGCUAUGUCAGUGGGCCAUAUUCUUAGCAUGCCCAGCCCCUUAUGGGAUGCCAUUUGUUCCUCUGUCGUGCCAUACUACGUCACUCCAUCUGUGGUUGUAGCAGAGAAAAACUGGUGCUUAUGCAGAUUUGGCACUUGCUUUUCUUCCAUAAGCAACAGUGAGUCAAGCACUGUCUUGUGAGAAUUAGUGCUUAGGGCUUCUUAAGGAGAAGUCCUGCCUACGCAGGGUCCGUGCAAUGCACAAGGAUCACUUAGACCCUCAGAGUGGGCAUGCGAGGGAGUUCUGUAGUGUCCAGGCAUUGGGUGGCCUCUGCAUUUCCCUUCCUCCACAACACAUGGCACUGCAUCCUGCCAAAGGCCCUGUCCACUGCAGAGUUUUUUUCCUUAAUAUACCGUAUUGCUCACUCCAGUUUUGAUUUGAUCUAAAACAAACUAUUUAUCUGGGAAAAAAAAUAUGUGAAUAUAACUGAAGAAACAUGGUGCUUUUCUGUAUUUCUAUUGAUACAUAGUGUUUCCAUCUAAUAUGAUUCAGGGGUGGGAUUUGGUUCAGUUUGUUUUUUUGGUUUGGGGAUUUUUUUGUUUUAUUUUAAAUCCCUGAGUUACGCUGUACUGCAGCAGCGCUUUCACAAAGCUUUUGAAAGGUAUGACGCAUAGCACAGAGAACCUAGCACUCCCAAGCAAUAUGAGGAAAAAUCAUGCGAGUUUUUGAUUUCUUUAAUUUGAAAUUUGGAUUUGAGGGUUUGGGGGUGUGCAUGGUUGUGUGCAUAUGCACACACACAUGCGGUGUGUAUGUAUGAAUUGAUCCUAAUAUAGGCCCAUUUGCACCAAACAUAAUCUUUUUGCUGACUUCAGUAAGUGACAUCAUUAACUUUGUUUACACACAUACACACUAGAUCUUAGUGGCUGCAGCAUGUUUCCAAAUACAGUUAAAAGGCUAAGUUUCUGUGGGUUUUUUUCUUUUUAAAGCUUUUCUGUAUGGUUCACUUAUCUAAGAAAUCUUGUCAAACAAUUUGUAAAACCAAAUCUUCAAAUUUUCUAUUUGGUGUCAACUGUUCUGUAGUAAAGAAAUGGCUUUGUCUUGUAAUUGGCAAUGAAAUAAUAAUGCUUGGGAAAACCUUCAGAUGCUUCUAAUGGGGAAAACUUCUGCUGAUUUUCACACAGUGCUUUUGCUAUGCAUGGUAUUAAGUUGGGAAAGUGAAUCCUGAUAUUAUUUUUUUCAGGGUCACUUUAGAAAUGGGCAGCUCAAAGCACAAUGCCUCCCAUGGGACAAGGUUCCAAAAUGCAACGUUUUAUGUAGAAUAAUCAUGUAUUUACUGCAGUAGAAGACUAAACUGGGCUGUGUGAGUUGGUAACGCUAUAUUGCACUUGUCCUGAUGAGACUGCAUUAGCUGCCCAAGAUGCUGCUAUUUUAUUUUUAUUCUUGUUUUAAAAAUAAAGCUCUGUUCUGUUAAAUGUGUUUAAAACAUUAAGAUUACUUUGUUUCAAAAUGGUCUUUGAGGAGGUGGAGGGUAAGGUGGGUUGUAAAUUGCCUUUACAAGGCAACAAUGAAAACUUGCCUCCUUGAAAUUUUGUUCAAGCUAUAGAAAUGAUGGAGCUGUGUCUUGGUUUUAAGUUGCUUUAAAAAUUGUACUAAGUCUUCAAGCAGAAUAAAGGUUGUUUUGAAACUGCA